UGUCAGCAGGGGAGGGCAGCAACUAUACAGCCGCUCGCAGGGUCACGUGACCGCUUAUUCUCGUCGCCUCUGAAAAGGUCUUUGCAGAAGUGAAAGAGCUUAGCAGUAUACUGCCAAAAAGUCAUGCACGCUUAGAAACAUGCCGAGGUGCGGAAAAGAGGGAGAGGCUUAAGUCAGUGCUAGGGAGCUGAGAGAGAGAAACCGAGAGACCUGAAAGCCUAAAUGAGCCAGAGGAUGGAAGACCAGGUGAGGAUCCCACCUGGGGCGACUGGACUUUACAGAGCAAUGCUAGUCAAAUCAGCAUCUAUGUAUACUGAAAUACAGAGAGAGAGGCCAGAUAUUGGGAAUAUCAUGACUCAUCCAGAUUACAUUGACGGAAACCCUGAUCUUAUCAAACCUAAAAAGCUGCUCAACCCUGUAAGAGCCUCGAAAAGCCAUCAAGAACUUCACAGGGAGCUGCUUAUGAAUCAUAAGAGAGGCUUGGGAGUCGAGAGCAAACCAGAACUGCAGCGAGUUAUGGAGCAUCGGCGGCGGAACCAGCUGAUCAGGCAGAGGAAAGAAGAGGAAGAGGCGAAGAAGUUGAAAUCUCCCUUCGAGCAAGAGCUCCUGAAGAGGCAACAGAAGCUGGAUCAGUUGGAGAGGGAGCAGGAGAAGCAAGAAGAAAACGCGCCAGAAUUUAUUAAAGUAAAAGAGAACCUGAGGAGGACAUCAACGCUAACUGGGGUGGAGAAGGUCGCCUAGCAGAUGGGAGCAGCUGAGACCAAAAUGGAAGAGGAGGGCCUUCUCUGCUCGCUUGAAUACCUACAUGCUGACAUCUUCUUAUAUGGUGGACAUUCACAGUUACGUCUUUGGGGCUGCUUGCUGGUUUAUUAACGCUUGCUCCGGUAGAAAUUCCCAACAUGGACUUUUGCUGCACAUCUAGGAAGGAAUAACAUCAGUGGGGGUGUGUGGCCUGGCUGGGAAAGUUUGUGGUGCUCUGCUAGUAGAAGCGCUUGGGUGAGGGGUAAUAAUAAUGGCCUGAGCCUUCCUCUCGAGUAAACAGGCAAUGUUGAUGCCCUAUCCCAUCCCUUGUUAGCUCUGGGCUUAAACCUUGGAGAUGCAACGUGUGCUCAGGAGGACAGAGUGGGCGAUGGUCUUUCAAGAAUAGGCUGCCAUAUCAAUGCCAGGGCUUCAAGCCGCUCAGCAGCAGAAACUAAUGGUUGUAAUAAAUUUCAGGCUUAGUCGAGCUAAUCUUUGGAGUAGCUUGUUGGAAAACCAGAGAAGGGGGCCAAAAAACAAAAGAAACGAAAAAGGGGAGAGGCAGUCAGCGCCAGCUACCCGCUAGAGCUCACUCAGCUACGCUUUCGCCGUUUUCUGCUGUAUCGAAGCAACACCCACCCAGAAAAUGCAACCAUGUCAAUAAGCGUGUGAGUUUCUGUACUUCACUUGAAGUUCGCCUCACGAUGUGAAAGGCUCCCAGGUCGAAACCCCCACUUGAAACCUCAGAAAGCCACGGCUGGCCUGUGUAGACAGUACUGAGUGAUAGGCCAAUGGUCUGACACACAAUAAGGCAAGCCUCCAAUGUAUUGCACCGCUGAGAUGGUGGGGGAAGCAUGUGGUGUCUCUUUGUUCCUAUGAGGAUGUGUUGGUCCUCUCUUAGAUUCAUUCGUAAAAUAGCACUCGCGUUCCUUUCUGUGACUUAACAUGUUACUACGGAAUGAGCAGGCCCGGGUUAUAUCAUGCGGUCGGAUGCAAACACUUCUCAACCCUCGUGCUGUGACAUGGGGAGCGGGGAUCAUAUUCCAGAAGGGGCCUUUAGGAGCUGUGUGGAAGGAGUAAGAAACCAUGCCUACAAAUGUGUUGCUUUCA